GUACCUACAUGCGAAAGAGCACUGUUUGGGUCACUAAUUUUCAACACCUUGCCGAGUUCAUCCGGCAAGAACCCGAGAGAAGAAUGGGUGUAACUUGGCACAGGCGCGUCGUUGAAGUCGACGGUCGGCUCGUAGAGAGCGGCCGGAAGCCCUGGGCAAUCCAGGUCGCCAUCCUCACUUCGAUGUUGCGCGCUUCAGAGGAGAAGGGUGAGAUGUGUUCCUUCGGGCAGGUUGUUGGAGCCGGACCUGUGCCAGAAGAAGGGGCAGAGAUAGAGGAAGAACCUGGUGUAUACUUCGACGAUGUCACCGGGGCAGAGCUGAAACCCGAUAAGGUGAAAGAAGCCAGAGAGACCGAAUUAGAGUGGAUCAGAAAACAAAAGGUCUACGUCAAGGUCCCCAUCAAGCAGUGUUGGGACCGAACGGGCAAAGGCCCGAUGUCCCUGAAGUGGGUGGACACGAACAAAUGCGACGACACUAACGAAAAGUAUCGUAGCAGGCUCGUGGUUCGAGAGAUCAGAAAGAACGGAAAGAGAGCACUGCCGGACCACGAGUUGUUUAGUUCGAUGCCCCCGCUUGAAUCACUGAAGAUGCUGUGCUCUAUGCUGACCACGCUGAAGGUGAGCAAAGGGCGGAGGAAGCAUCUGAAGCUGAAGCUGUUCGACAUAUCCCGUGCCCAUUUCUAUGGUGUUGCCAAACGGGAGGUUUACGUGUCUCUCCCGGAGGGAGACCAACAGGAAGGGUGUGUUGGCCCAGAGGCCAGCGACGGCACAGAGAUGUGUGUGCUGAACAGAACGAUCAGGUACAACAAGGAGAACGGCGUGGUUGAGUACGAGGCAGACCAGCGCCACGCUGAGCUGAUCAUCGAAGCACUGGGAUUAGAGAAGGCGAUAGCCGUGACAACGCCAGCCGAGAAGAAAACGGCUAGCGCCGUGUCGGCGGCACUGUCGCUGCCGAAGGUGGAUGAAGAGCGACAGAGGUUCUACAGGUCUUUGGUCAUGAGGGCGUCCUAUCUAGCACAGGACAGGGCGGACUUGUGCGAGUGCGUCAAGUCACUUGCUCGAAAGAUGAUUGGACCGACCGAAGCGGACUUCGCAGACUUGAAACGUCUAGGGCUGGGGAAGCUGAGGCAUGUGCAGACCCGCUACUUGUGGGUCCAGGAAAGGGUGGCGCGAAGUGAGAUCGAUGUGCAACAGGUAGGGACAAAGAACAACAUCGCAGAUAUGCGCACGAAACCUGUCAACGGAGAUUCCCUCACAAAGUCUAUGAAGAUGUCGAGCCACUAUUUUCUGAGCGGCCGGGCGGCGACAGCAAAGCAUUUAGUGAAGGAGCAACCAGACGAGGAGAUGGGCGACGCAGAGGGUCCUGAGGACGGGCGGCCGGACGACGAGAUGGCGGACGGGGGCGCGGCCCCGGAGCCGAGCAAGGGGUCGGACGAAGAGGAGGACGAGGAGGCGGACGAGGAGCAGCCCAUCGUGCCGCGGGCGUUCGGCGCGGCGCCCGCGGCGCCCGCCGCCCGGGGAGCGCCCGGGGGCGGCGAG